GCCCUCCGCACCGCCCACAUAAGGCGGGGGCAGCCCAGGCGGGUGGUGGAUCCUGCUGCUCCUGCUCGCUCUGCCGGCUGGGCGGCCAUGGAGCUGGGGUGGCUGCUGUGGGGGGCGGCGGUGCUGCUGCUGCUGCACGUCCUGAUGGAGCUCAGCCCCGCCGUCAACUUCGCGCUGCGCAUCGGCUUCUACUACCUGCUGUUCGUCGUCAGCUCGGUGCUGACGGCGCCCGUCUGCCUCCUCGUCAACGGCGGCCGCACCGUCAAGAACAUGAAAAUCAUCAAAACUGUGGUCAAGACCUUCAAAUAUUUCUUUGGCCUGAGGUUUGAGGUGAAGGGACUGGAGAACUUUGAGGUGGAGGGUCCUGCUAUCAUUGUGUCCAACCACCAGAGCAUCCUCGACAUGAUGGGGCUGAUGGAGGUCCUGCCCGACGACUGUGUCCAGGUGGGCAAGAAAGAGCUGAUGUAUGCUGGCACGGUGGGGCUCAUCAUCUACCUCGGAGGGGUCAUCUUCAUCAACAGGAAGAGCACCACCAGCGCCAAGAUGGUGAUGGCAGAGGUGGCCAAGACUAUGGCAACUGACAACGUGAAGGUGUGGGUGUACCCAGAGGGCACGAGGAACUGCACAGGGGAUUUGCUGCCGUUCAAGAAAGGAGCAUUUCACCUUGCUGUCCAGGCACAGGUCCCAGUGAUUCCCGUGGUGUAUUCCUCCUUCACCAACUUCUAUAACCCAAAGAAGAAUCUAUUUACAUCAGGCAAAAUCAAGGUUGAGGUUCUGCCUCCAAUAGAGACCAAAGGCCUGACAUCAGAUGAUGUCUCUGACCUCACUGACAGAUGCUUCCACACCAUGAGGGAGACUCUCUUCAGGCUCUCAGGCCGUCCCAGUCCAAGCCAGGCAAAGGACUAAAUGCUUCUCCAGUGGCGUCACCGUGUGGUGGUGGCUGAAGGGACUUGUCUGUUGCCAAAUACUGAAGGAACUUCUCUUCCUCUGCAGUGACUUCUAACUCUGGGAACACUGUGGACUGGCACAAGUGAGGUGUCAAGCCAGCACUGAGGUUCCCCACUGAGUGGAUUUCUCUUAUGGGUUCAUUAUCUCGCAAUGAAACCUCUCCUUUUUCUGAAUUUCUCAGGCAUCAAACUUCUGCUACCAAAGGGCUCAAUGACCAGAGAGGUGAGUUCCCCCAGCUCAGGCAGCUGGCGUGAGGUGACAGCAAGAGCCUGGCUGGAGGCUGGGCUCUUCCUCACAUGGGUGUCUCUGCAGGCUCAGAUAGUGCUGGCCUGGCCCUGUGCUGUCCCAGAUGGAAAUCAGCAGGCAGCAGUAUGUAUCUUUACAACCUUGAUGCUGCUCAAACUUGGCUGAGAAUUGAGUGAAAAUCCAGACUCUGGCUCUUUGGCAGUGCUGGGAGUGCAGUGUCCACCCUGGGCAGCCCAGAGCUCUGCCAUCCUUCACGGUGGAGCUCACAGGUGGUCUCUAGGGCAGAGCCUGUCACCUUGAGAGACACCCUGGGGUCACAGCUGGAGCUUUGUAUUGCCCAGGCACUCCUGAACCAAGUCUUUCACUUCUGAAGCAAGCACUUGGGGCCAAAACCUCAGCUGAGCUGCAAAGGAGAAUGUGUGGGGCCAGUCAGCCUUACAGUGCCUCUUUGGGCUUGAUUGCUGGGUCAGAACAAGUGCCCUUGCUCAUCAAGGGGUGCAGCAGAGCAGGGGGAAGCUGCAGUCUGACUGAGCCAGCACAUGUUAUCUGGGCAGAGUUUAGCUGAAUGCUGUCCUGCCUUCCCAGUUGAGUCAACUUCUGAAUGAAACCUCAUGCUUCUUUCUACCAUUCUGAGCCACCAGCUUGAUUUUAAAAACUGCACAGAUCUGUUGGAAUCUCAGGCAGACCCGUCUGAGCGUGUGACCUGUUGGUGGGACACCUCUGGGUUGCGGGCUCUGAUGUGCACCUGGCUUGGCCCAGAGCUCCCUCGGUGUUGGGAAACUGCUGCCAGCUCCCUGCUGUGCUGUGACCUUGGCAGGGCAGCGCCUGCAGGACUUGUUGCAGAUGCAAAGGACUCCGUUGUGUUUGUUUUGCCACUUGUCAUGGUCAGCACUGGCCAAAAGAUGGUGCCUGUCCCGCGUGUCUUUGCUGAUGGCAGCGGAGUUGCUGCUGUGUGAGACUUGUAGAAGUCCUGCCGAGCUGCAGGGCAGGUGAGCUGCAAUGUGACAGGGCUGGGAAGGCUUCAGCUCUCCCUGGGGGGAAACGGGCUCCUUCCCCCAUCCAGAUAAAGGGGUUUCUGCUGUGCUUUGGGGUGACAGACCAGUGGGGCUCCUGGAUCUCUUGCUGGGACCUGCAAAAGUGUUGAUGCCCUCUGUGAAGAGCAUGGCUGGGUCAGGUUCACGGUCCCAGGGGGUGACCUUCACCUCCGACUGGGGUUCAGGGAGGCUUAAGUCUUCUGUUGGUGGCACAGGGUGAAAAACUUUGAAAUUAGCUGCCUGAGGCUACUCAGGUGACCAGCACAGCCACUUUCGCAGCCUGUGUGGGGCUGUGUUGGUGGAAUUGCUGUGCUGUGGCAUUUUGGGGUGAAAGCCUCAACUGGGAAAGAUGGGGGGUUCCCAAGGAGCCAGCAGAGUUGGGCUGGGCUGGUGCUGGUGGGGGCCAGGGACUUUAUUGGAGGGGCCUUAUAGUACAGACUCAGGGGUCAGACCCAGAUGGGACGGGUCAGGGUGGGAGGAUGGGAACUAAAUCAGCACUUUGGAAGAGUGGCAGAUAAAGGACUGUCAUGGAGGUUAAACCCAGGAGGUCCUGGGAGGAUAACCAGGUCCACAGAGUGAUUCCUGCAGCUUCCUUCCCUGGGAGGAGGGAGCAGUGCCUCUGUGUGCAGUUGUUUGCUGUUCACUUUUAAUUGGGUUGAGAAUAAUGUUAUGUGCUUAAAAAAAAAAAAAAUUACACCUUUGGUUAUUUAAAUAAA